CAGGCUCGGGAGGUGAAGGUUGUGUCAAGCUUCCUCCGAAUUAUGACUCGCCAAACCGGGCUUCUUAACACCCACCCGCUUAAACCGAAAGCCAGCCGCACCGAUGUGUCGGAGGAAACUGUUCAACUGACAACGAGGUCAGUCUACAGGCUCCCUGCUUGCCACAAGGAGUCGCUAGAGCGCCAUGGGCUAAGUGAAUCCCCCCCCAUAUCCACUAAUCCUGACGGCGCUGGGCCAAUUGUGCGCCGCCCCUAUGGGAUUCCUGAUCACGGCCGGUUGUGAUGCAGCCCGGGAUCGAACCCUGGUCUGUAGUGACGCCUCUAGCUUGAAUCAGAUCAGGGCUGACCAACUCUCUUUGAGAUACUUGGUGUGCAGGUUUUCUUUGUUGGAAAUAAAUGUAACUAAACUAUGUGGAUGUUUAGAAGAGGUACUGGUCCUAUCGUCAUGGGGCCUUAAUAGGAUGGUAGGAAAGGCUUGGUUGUUGAUUGCACUCUGAAUGGAAGAGGAGGUGCUUCUCUUGCCAAGACUUGAACUUCUACAUUCACUUGAAUGUAUCCCAGAGGGGGAACUCUUAACUGGACACCACAAGUUUAUGUAUUGAGGGGCUGUUUGACUGUUAAUACAAACUUUUUGGAGGAAUUUUUUUUUUUUACAUUUGUGAAUUCAUGCAACAUUCUGUACAUAAUGUGUGGUCAGGUGUUUUUAAAGCAGGGUUGGAGCAAAAGCAUGCACACCCUCGAAAGGAAUGUUGGCUAUCCCUGUCCUAGAUGUUUAGGGACUAUGGAAACACUGUUUUCAGUUCUCUUGUGCACAAAAUGAAUGUUGUGCAAUGCAUCAUGCCUGCAUUAGUGUAAAACAUUCCCAGACAAAUGUAUUAAAUGAUUCACCAGGGCAGGAGCAAACACGGCGCAGGAACCCGAGAUGAGCCAGAGCGCCGCCCCAAGAUGUCCAUAUUCAGAGAGAUGUGGGAUAAACUGGGGACACUGUCGACGGCCCUCCGCUCCCCAGGCAACUGGAACCCCAAACUCCCACCCGCCAGGCUCGACGCCUCCCUUUCUUCACUCUACUACCUUGACUUCAACUCCCGUGAAACCGAGCUGGGGCCCGAUUACGCCCCCCUGGCCCUCACCCUGGGGGGCCACAGCCUCAUCUUCCAGGAGGGCCAGUGGCUGUUGCAGCAGACGCCCCAAGGGGCCAAGGGCCGGAGUCCAAAGGCAGGGGACCGAACCCACAUCCGCCGCCUGAAGAAUAAGAACCGGGAGUUACAGGAGGAGAAUAAUGCCCUGAACAUCCGGGUGGAACUGCUGAUGGACAUGCUGGCAGAGACCACAGCCCGGCUACAGGGCUCUGAUCCUGGGGAGGGGGGCAGCCAGGACAGCCUAGCAGUACCACAAACACCCCAGAUAAAAAGGGCAAGCUUCCAGAUACGUUCUAUUAAAAGAAAGUCCUAAAAAAGUAUGAUAACAGUGGGACUGUGUGAAGUGGAUGAAAUGUUUCCUGCUGGAUG